AAUCCCACAUUGCUAACUACUCUAGAGACUGUUCAUACAUAUAUAUAUAUAUAAAUCUUUCCAUUGAUGAACAAGGUUGUGCUUGUUUGUUCUUAAAAAAUGUCUACAAUUAUUUAUACAUUUUUCUCAUUCUUUUUCAUUACUUGCCCCACAAUUUUCUCCAAUGCUCUCACUAAUGACGACCCAACUCCAUAUCUCUCACCCUUGACAUUUUUCCCAAACUAUAAAACAAUGCUUAACUCUUUCAAAAUUUUCAUAUACCAACCAAACACAGCCUUAGCUUACAACUCAAACACCCAAUCACUCUUCUAUGCUUCUCUUCAAAAGAGUCCCUUCGCCACCAUUAAUGGCGAACAAGCUCACCUCUUCUUCAUCCCUUUCAGUACCUCUGAUCUCUCCAGAAUCAUCAGAGAUAUACGUAAGAAAUUUUCUUACUGGAAUCGCACUCUCGGCGCCGAUCACUUUUACCUCUCCUGCGGUGACAAUACUACUACUACCGAUUCAGAUCGUAACGUUCUCGAGUUGAGGAAGAAUUCAAUUCAGAUCUCAUGCUUCCCUACUUCUUCCUACACUAAAUUCAUUCCUCACAAGGACAUUACUCUCCCUCCUCUCCCAACCACUGCAGCAGACACAAUCAUCAACCAAUUGUCAAACGCGAAUCAGAGUUAUCUAGGUUAUUUUAGAUACGACGGAGAAGACAAGGAUGGUUCACAUUCUGUUUUGGUGAAUCAAUUGGCCGUUGAUCCUGAUUUUCUGGUUGAUUUUGAACCAUUCGAUGAGAUUAGAGCUUCGACAAGUAAAUUCUGCUUGUUUGAGUAUGGCUUCUCUGAUAUGUCGAGGAUCGUAGUGGCUUUAGGAUUAGGGUGCGUGCCGGUGGUGAUUAGUGACCGUCUGAUUAAGGAUCUGCCGUUCGUGGAUGUGGUGAGGUGGCAGGAGAUUGCAAUGUUUGUCAGGUUUGGGGGAGGAGUGGAUGAGGUGAAACACAUAUUGGUUCGCACAAGUGGAGAAAUUUACACACGUAUGAGAGGAAUGGGCAUGAAAGCAAGCAAACAUUUCCUGUGGCAUGUGUCACCUCAGCCGUUCGAUUGUUUUAAUACGUUGAUUUAUCAACUCUGGUUAAGGAGACACACAAUUAGAUACGCGCUUAGGACUAUGGAGUAAUAUAAUUAAUAAAAUUAAAAUAUAAAUAGGGAUGACAACGGUAAAGUAUGGGUAGAGUAUGUGUAUGUAUUGCUCUAUCGAAUAUAAAAUAUAAUUGCUAACAAUUAAAAUAAUAGUAUUAAAAAUAUUAAAUAUUUAUUUUAGAAUUUUAUAUUUUUAUAAUAAUUAAUAUAAAAGUAAUUUUUGUGUGUAAUUUUUAAAUAUGAAAUAAAUGUAUAGUAUUUAAAUAUAUAUAAAUAUAAAUAUAUGUAUAUAUAUGAUUGGGUUGGAUAAUAUGGCAAUAUUAGGGUCAAUCCUGACAUAUAGUGGGAAUAAAAUUUUUUGGGAAAUUAUUUAGAAAAAAUGUGAUAUUUUUUAAAAUUAGUAAAAAAAUGUAUAAUUUUAAAAGGAAGAAAUAUUUUUUGAGCUCUUAGGUUAGGUGGGCUCUAGGCACAGACUUAGCCUGCCUAUGUCUAUGGGCGGGCCUGAAAGGGUACACCUAUACCCAUACCUUAUUCUACAUCCACAUCGAGUACAUGUUUUCAUACCCUCACCUUACUCUACACGCUAAUUCAACGAGUAAAUGUGUUUUCAGAUAAAAUUGUCAUCACAAAAUAUAAAACGUCAUAUUAGCAAAAUAUCAUUGUACAUUAAAUAUUAAUUAGAAAAAUAUAUUUCUUAAAAUUAAUUACAGAAAUGAAAUUUCUCGAGGACACUCAUUUUGAUUAAAGGAAUGGUGAAAAAUGAAAAUGAUUGUAAAAGGAAAGUGAAUGAUCUACUAUUUUCUUGUUGAUUAUAUAUGACUUUGCUGGUUGCUUAUUAUACACAACAUGGUCUUCAAUAAGGUUUAUUCUAAUGAGAAAAUAUUAAGAUUUAAUUUCAGAUCAAGAUGUUGUUUUGAGCGAAAAUUAAUUAAACACAUAAUUGUGUUUAAGCCAUUUUUUAAUUAAUUAUUUUAUUAAAAUAUAAUUUAGUUUUACUUAUUAAACCUUACUCUCUCAUAAAAAUGAAUUAUUCUAACUCUAAGGAUAUACUUUGUAGUUUGUACAAUUAAGACAAAGAGUGUGUUUGGUAGGUCGUAUAGGGAUCGUAUUGUAUUAAAUAAUAAAUAACACAAUAUUUAGAUAAAACAUUGUAUUAUUAUAUUAAUUAUUAUGGCUAUAAAUUUUAAUACAAUGUGAGUCGUAUUAUUUAAUACAUAACAAAUUACUAAAAUUAUAAUUAAUAAUAUUUACAAAGGUUCUCAGGUAAACCCCGACCCUAGCUCUGGACCUCGAACUCGAACCCAUACCUUGAUCAUGGACCCGAACUCGGACCCCGAUCUCGACUCGAACCCAGACCCAGUUCAGAAUCCAGAGUCCAAGUUCAGGUUCAGGUCCAAAUCUAGGGUUUGGGUCCAAGUUCAGGUUCGGGGCCCGAGUUCGAGAUUGGGUCUGGAUUCGGGUCCGAGUUUGGAUUCAAGUUUAGGUUUGGGUUUGAAUCAUAGUUCAGGUCCGUGGUUCGGUCUAAGUCUCGGUUCGAGUCCAGAUUCGAGGUCUAAGUCGAGAUCCGAAUCAAGGUCUGAGUCCAAGUUCGAGUGUAGGCCGUGAUCGGAGUUGGAGUUAAGUUUAUUGUAAAUAAUUUAUAAUUUCAAAUAUCCUAUUAAUACAUUUACCAAAAAAAAAUACAUUCUAUUAGUACAAGUCAAUAUUAAACAUAUUGUAUUAAAUCAUGUUAAUACAAUGUAAUAUUAUCUAACACAAUAUAAUAUAAUAUAAUGUGUAAAAGAGUUUCAAAAUAUAAGAAAUAUCUUUGUUACAAAUUUAUAGUGGAUUAAACAUUCUUUCUAACCACUUAACCACUUGAGGCUAGCUCAAGUGACCAUAGGUGGGUGUGUGUCUUGGAGGUCCUGAAUUCGAGUCCCAAGUAAAACAUAGUUGUAAUAUAUAAACGCUUAAAUAAAAAAAAUAAAAACAUUCUUUCUAACAUUAGGCAACUUCUGUAACCUUUUUAACCAAAUUUACAGUGUAGUUCAAACGUGUUCUAAUAACACACACUAUCUUAUUUGAAUUUUAAUCAGUUUAGCUAAAUUUGAAACAUUGGAUAUGUCACAAGACGAUUUACUAUAAUCGUGAAGAAGAAAGUGAGAGACUAAUGCAAUGCUUUUCAGAAAGAAAGACAAAAGUCCCACAUUGAAUAUAUAGUGAUGAUAUCGUACCACGUGUAGCUUAUUUAAAGCAAAGUCUUUCUCAUUACAAUUCAUACCUUUCUCGGCCUUUUGGCUAAGAUCAAGUGUAGUAUCUGUUCUUAUCAGUUUAAUAUCUGAUAUGUGGGCCAACGGCCCACACGAUAUUAAAUUAAUUUUUUAAAGGGAAAGGCCCAUUCAGUAGCUUGCUACUCGGGCCUUUACGCGUCGCCUAUGUGUUGCACUACAACAUGGGCCUGGCGCACCCU